GUUUAGAUGAGCCAGAGCACACAAAAGUUUCAGAAGAUAGAUCUGAUGAAAGUUUAAAAGAAAUUAAAGAAAGAUUUAAGAAACUUACAAGUGAAUUCAAUAAGAGUUAUACAAAUUUCAAUAAAGAACAGCAGAAUUAUAAACAAAAACGAAGAACAAAAGAGAAGACAUUUUCAGAAGGAAAAACCUGGAAUAUUAAGGUUAAUGUAAAAGUAACGAAGAGGUAAAAAUGAAUAAAGAAAUUCUUAACGCUUAAUUGUUUUUCUGUAAUAAUUUUUAAUAUCUUUAAACAAAAUAAAAAACAUAUGUAUUCGUGAAACAAGCCAAGACACAUCAAAACACUUCUUCCUGUAAGAACUAUUCGCCCAACACAAGAUUACAUUUCACACCCACUUUUCCAGUCUUUCAAGAAGCAGUUCAAGUGCCCAGUUCACACGUUAAACCAUGAACCAAAAAGAGGAAACCUUGAUGCAAGCACAGGCUGAAUUAAAAGAAAAACGAAAACAGAACCGGGAAAAUAAUGACCAAAGAUCAGAAGAAGGCAAUGCAGGAACUAUAACGCCAAAGGAGGGAAAUGCCAGCAACAAAACAGACGAAAAAACUAAUGAUGAUUCUGAAAUUAAAAAAGUAGCAAUAAGCCAUGAUUCCCUGAAAUCCAAGCAACCAACAAGUGAAAAAACUAAUGAUGAUUCUGAAAUUAAAAAAGUAGCAAUAAGCCAUGAUUCCCUGAAAUCUAAGCAACCAACAAGAUCUAAUCAGAAAAUUGAACCUGUCAAAUCUAAGGAUUCUUCCAGAUCACAAAAUCCAACCAAUGAUUUGGCUAAAGGUAGUGAAUCACAAUCAAGAUCUCAAAAUCAAAAUGCUGAAUCCGUUAAAAGCAAUGAAUCAAGAUCCGGCCAAAAAGUUGAACCUACUAACGACAAGGAUUCCGACAGCUUACUGGGGAUGGGAUUAGAAGCACUCUGUUUAGGUCACACAAGCUCUGACAAAACACAAAAUCAAAGCAACAUUUCUGCUAAAGGGAGUGAAACAAGAUUAAAUCUGAAAAAAAGUGAACCAAGAGAAAAUCUGAAAAAAAGUGAAUCUACCCGAUCUAAAGAAUCAUCCAGAGAUAAACGAAAACAGCAAGUGUCUUCCAAAUCAAGGGACCGAUCCAGACAAAAAAGAAUGCAGAAGAACAAGGACUCAAUCAAUAAAGGAGAUAAAAUGAAAAUUCAAUCAGAGGUUGGCGAGGAUGCCAAGUUUAAAAAAGGGAAUGAACUGGACAAAGAAAAAGAGGUAAAACAAGAAGCUCAAGAAGCCUCAAAGGUAAAUGACACUGAAACUGAUGAAAAGGCACCCCAAGAAAGAACAGAUUUACAACCUCCUAUUGACAAAAAGAAAGACGAUGCUGAAAGUGAAGCAGCAUUCUCUCCUCAGUUAUACUCUUUCACACAGAUGUCUAAAACAAGUGGUGUAAGAUUGGCAAUGUCACCACCGUUCUGGCUUCUCAUGGAUCACCUCUUGGCAGUCACGUGGAAACUUUAUUCAAAAAAAGAAUCAGAAAAAAAAGGGCUAGGAAUUGCACAACUACAGUGGGCUUAUGAAUUUUUGGCUGUGAUGAAAGAUAAAAAUAAUGAACUGAAGCAACCUAUGAACUCUCUAUCAGCACUCUUGGAAGAUGCACUUAUAAAUGCUUACUCAAAACUAGGGGAUAUUAAUAAAAUAUCAGAACAAACAGAUAGUCAAGGUUUUAAAAAUAAUAAGGCUACUAGGAAAGAUGACACUGAACACGAGGAAAAAAUGUCAGUAGAAACUGGCAAUAAGCAAUGGGAACCACAAGAAAAACAAGUAUCAUACACACUAAAUGAUAUUUUAAUACGAGCACCUACUCUACAAAAAGAUUAUAGUAAAGAAAGCAAGACCAAAGAAGACAAACAGAUUAAAAUGCCUGAGCAAAAAAAAACUCUUGAAAAAGGUGAAGUGUUAAAAUAUCUUGAGCAUAUAAAGAAAGAGCAGAGGGAUAGAGCAUAUAGAGAGAAGAUACACUUGGAAGAAAUUGAAGAAGUAAUAAAAUUAGUACAAAAAGAUAAAUUUGAGAAUGAAACUUGGCGAAAGUCAGCUCUCAAGAAAGAAGACAAAUCGAAAAAAAGAAUGCAUGAAGACUUACUGGCAAAUGAAAAAUCUGAGGUCCAUUUUAGUGCUUGACUUUAUAAAUGCUUUUUUGAAAAAAAAAAAAAAAAUUAAUAUACAUUGCUAUAUAACUAGUUUUUAUUUUAUAUUUUAAUGUAUUAGAUAAAUCGCUAAAAGGCCUGUCAGAUGGGGUCCUAUAAUUUUUAAGUUUUUCUUUUACUUUUAGAGACCAAAUGUGACUUUUUAUAUAUUAUCCAAGACUUUUAUUGGCAUGUUGUUUUUUCCAAAGUUAUUUUAAUGGGGAGUUUGCAAACUGAAGAUUUUAUAUCAACCCCAGGGUUUCAUUGUUUCGGACACAAAAUAAAACGCCCAUUUGGAAGUACUUUGGAUUCAAAUUCAGGGCUGUUGACAUUUUAAUGAGAGACCUUCCAAAGGUGAGUUGCCA